AUGCGCUCCGUAUCUGAAGCUGAGAAGCACUGGCGGCAGCUCGACGACUUCCACUCCCUGACCGACCUGAAGAUUCACGUGUCCGCGCACAAGGAACCCCAGAUCACCGCAGGACUCCGGUCCGUUUGUUGGAAGAUCUUCCUCGUCUUCAAGACGCUUGACCGCUCGUCAUGGCCUACCCACCUCAGCCAUUCGCGCAAGACAUACGAGUCUCUGCGGUCACACUACCUCCGCGCCAUACAGAACCCAGAUGAAUUCGAGUCUUCCGUCGACCCAUUGAGCGAGCUAUCAGAGUACUAA